CCGCUUGACACACCCACCUGGUCGCCAAAGGUCGCUGUCGCUCGCAUAGAUGGAGAUCGCCGGAAGUUGCUGACUGUCAAAUAAGAAGCUGACUCUGAAUUUCUGAAAUGUACACAUGCAAACUAGUCAUACUUAGUUUGUUAAAUUAUAAAUAUGAUAUUUUUAUUUUUCCACUUGCCAGUUAGUAAAGUUGACAACAGUAAACUACAUAUUCAAACAGAAAGGAUAUUAAAUGACCCAACAGAUAGUUAUACUGUGAAGUAUUUACUUAUAAUUAAAUUACUCUUCUUACUGUGAGGUGACAGUGCUAUAGUUAUAACCACUGAGCCACCGUGGUGCCUAUAAUAUAUGUAAAAAUUAUUGUAACAGACUGAAGGAGGCCAAAAAGCAUUUAACAGUUCAAACUUAUCUUUUAAUGAACUUUUGCACAUUUUAGACAGAUGCGUAAUACAUUGCUGGAACAGCAUCAACCGGCUCUCUCAAAAAAUAUGUUUUUCCCCUUUUGGAAAUCCCCCUCUCUGGAGUGCCCAGACUCACUUUUUCCCAUAAUCACGCCCCUUAAAUCCCUACAUUACACCACAUAAUCACACACAAACAUGUAACACAGGAACUAUAACUUUUCUAGCAUGCUACAUUAUAUUAAAAAUGGUUAUAGAUUAAUUAAUAAAUAUAAAUAUUGUGAAUAUCACCAUAGUGAUGAGUAUUUAUAUUAACUACAAAUAAAUAAUUAUAUGAAUGUAUGUUUUUUGUAUAUUUGACAAUGCAGAGAUGAGUGAUCUGUUACAUACUUUGUCUGAUAGACGCUACCUUCAGCUCAGUCAAAAAAGAAACUCGUUACCUUUUCCGUUUGCGCGGGCUUUACUUGGUGGCUUUCCCCUUUUUGCUUUCUGUUUCAUUGUUACUAAACUAGGAACAUGCCAUUGGUGAGCUGUUGAAUUCAUAUUUGUGCAGUAAAAUGGCAGAAUCCAGUGUUUCUUUGGCUCAGGAGGAUCAGUUCAGCUGUUUAAUCUGUCUGGAUCUACUGAAGGAUCCAGUGGCCAUUCCCUGUGGACACAGUUACUGUAUGAGCUGUAUUUCAGGCUAUUGGGAUCAGGAUGAGCAGAAGGGAGUCUACAGCUGCCCUCAGUGCAGACAGACCUUCACUCCAAGACCUGCUUUAGGCAAAAACACCAUGCUGGAUGAAGCUGCUCGUCCUGCUCAGCAUAACUCUGAAUCUGUGGAGUGUGACAUUUGUACUGAAGACAAAAAUAAAGCUGUUAAGUCUUGUCUGGUGUGUCUGGAAUCUUACUGUCAGACUCACUUUGAAAGUCAUGAGGAAUUUCACUCUAGAAAGCGACACAAAGUGACUGAUGCCACUGGACGGCUGCAGGAGAUGAUCUGCCCUCAACAUGACAGACUGCUAGAAAUGUACUGCAGGACUGACCAGCGCUGUAUUUGCAUUUUGUGUUUGAUGAAUGAACACAAAACCCAUGAAACUGUGUUACCAGCUGAAGAGAGAGCAGAGAAACAGAAACAUUUUAAACAGAAACUUCAGCAGAGAGUGGAGGAGAAACAGAAGGAGUGUGAGGAGCUGAGAGCGGCUGUAGAGACUCACAAGCGCUCUGCACAGGCAGCAGUGGAGGACACCGAGAGGAUCUUUACUGAGAUUAUAUGCUCCAUCGAGAGAAGCCGCUCAGAGGUGACACAGCUGAUCAGAGAUCAGGAAAAGGCUGCAGUGAGUGGAGCUGAAGGACGACUGAAGAAACUGGAGCAGGAGAUUGAUGAUCUAAAGAGGAGAGACGCUGAGCUGGAGCAGCUUUCACACACAGACCAUAACAUUCAUUUCCUCCAGAGUUUCCAGUCUCUCUCUGUUCUUCCUGCAUCUACAGACUUCUCCAGCAUCAGUUCUUGUCUUUCUUUUGAUGAUUUGCUAAUGUUGGUCUCUCAGCUGAAAGAGAAACUGCAGCAGGCUUUGAAAGAAGAGAAAGAAAACAUAUUUCACACAGUGAGACACAUCAGUGUGAUUCCCACCGCUGAACACGAGAGCAGGAAUGAGUUCCUACAAUAUUACCAGCAGUUGACACUAGACUCCAACACAGCUUAUAAAUAUCUUAGGCUGUCUGAGGGGAACAGAGUGGCGACUAGGUUGCAACAUGUUCAGCCAUAUCCUGAUCAUCCAGACAGAUUUGAUGGUUCCUGUCAGGUGUUGUGCAGGGAGAGAGUGUGCGGACGCUGUUACUGGGAGAUUGAGUGGAGAGGUUGUAUAGAAACAUCAGUGUUAUACCAGAGCAUGAGCAGGAAGGAACGGAAAAGUGAGUGUAGAUUUGGACGUAAUAAUCAGUCCUGGAGUUUGUACUGCUCUGACUCCCGAUGUUAUUUCAGGCACAAUAACCAAGAGUCUAAACUGCCAAUAGUAUCCAGCCUGUGUAGAAUAGGAGUGUAUGUUGAUCACAGUGCGGGAACUCUGUCCUUCUACAGCGUCUCUGAGACAAUGAGCCUCAUUUACAGAGUCCACACCACAUUCACUCAGCCGCUCUAUUCUGGGUUUGGGGUUUACAAGCAAUCACGAGUAAAACUGUGUGAUCAAGCAUAACAUUUACACAUUUAGUGUUUAUCUGUUAGAGCUACCUGAUUGAAUGGUUUAAAAUUUUGCAGUGACUAUUAUAAUAUUGAUUAAAGAAUAAUAAAAUAUU